CAUCAAAACCUAUAUAUGUUGAAUUUAGACUGCGAUUACGCCAUUAAUAUUUUACGACAGGCACACUCGAAAAGGAUGUUUGUCGCUCCGACAAAGUGGCUGCUUUUUCAAGAUCGAAAAACGAUAAUCGACAACGAUAACAUAAAUUUAACUUUUACAUAUGAUGACUCCGUGUUGGAAAUCUUCGAGGAAAUGGCGAUUUAUCCUGAUAGCGACGUGAUCCUUGCGCGAAGAUUCGAUGGUGAUUUUCUCGAAUUGUUAUCCAUAUAUCGACCAAGUCCGCAAAGAGGUGUAAUAUGGGAAAAUCGUGGAAACUGGACGAUUGAGAAUGGUUUGAAAAUGAGCACUUUCGAUGUGACUUCAGCACGAAGGAAAAAUCUUCAACAGACGGCUCUUAAAUCAUGUCUCGUGAUGACGGAUCCUAAUACCAUCAACCAUUUGACUGACUUCGAGGAUAAAUCCGUAGAUCCUGUCACAAAGGCUAAUUAUCCGUGGAUACUGUAUUUAGUGAACCGAAUGAAUGCAACAAUAAGUUUCGAAGUCACGAACAGCUGGGGAUAUCGCACUGAGAAUGGUUCCUGGAGCGGAAUGAUCGGGAUGUUGGAACGGCGUGAAAUUGAUAUCGGCGGUACCGCCACAUUUCUCGUGCCGGAACGUAUCGGUGUUGUGCAAUACAUUCAAUUGUAUACACAUACAGGUUCGCGUUUCGUAUUUCGACGACCUUUACUGUCGACUGUGAGCAACAUAUUUAUUCUGCCUUUUCAACGAAACGUCUGGAUAGCAAUUGCAAUAUUUCUCGUUUUGGUCUUCUGUUUGCUCUACUUAUCUAUCAAAUGGGAAUACAAUCGCGAUAGGAUGACAAAGUCAGCAGCCUACUGGAAUCAACUAAAUCCCAGCAAGCCAACAAUCAGCGAUAAUCUUCUCAUUCUUUUAGGCGCAUUUUCUCAGCAAGGAUAUUCGUAUGAGCCCUACAGAGUUUCGUCUCGAAUUGUUACUCUUAUGUUAUUGCUGGCCUCGUUGAGUCUCUAUGCGGCUUAUACAGCGAAUAUCGUGAAUUUGCUGCAGUCUACUACAGAUUCUAUCAAAACUCUUUCGGAUCUCUUAAACAGUCCGUUAAAGCUGGGUGUGCAGGAUGUAGUAUAUAAUAGACAUUAUUUUAGGUCUUUCCAAGAUUCCGUUAGGAAGACAAUACUAGAACAACGAAUCGAGCCGAAAGGAAGCAAAUCUAACUGGAUGUCUGUAGAGGAAGGUGUACGUCGCGUAAGAAACGAACUCUUCGCAUUUCAUGGUGAAAUUGGUACGGCUUACCAACUGAUGCAAGACACGUAUUUGGAGGAGGAAAAGUGCGGUUUAACUGAAAUCGAUUUCCUAAAUGUCUUAUAUCCGCUUCUUGUGAUACAAGAGCAAUCACCUUAUUCAGAAAUAAUAAAAACUGGAGCUCUAAAAUUGCGAGAAUACGGACUCAAAUAUCGCGAGGAAUAUCGCUUAUAUACAAGAAAACCAGUAUGUGCGAGUCAAACUAGCUUCAUCACUAUCGGUUUCACAGAAUGCUACUUCGCACUGGUCACAAUGGGCUACGGAAUACUCCUUUGUGUAAUCGUAUUUGCGUUCGAGUUAUUAUGGCAUAAGAGGCAAACAAUGCACGCGAUAAAAGAAGUGUCAAACGCAGAAACCAACAUUGUGGUAUAUCUUGAUUAAAUGCCUGCAGAAAUGUAUACUAUUUCGAAAGAAAUU